UUGAUUUGGAAAUAAAGUGGAUACACCCGAAGCGACGUAAGGGUGGCACAACAGCAAGGGGGGAGGGUAGUUUACUCGUCACUUAUCAGGAAAAAAAAAAAGUAGUUUACUUGUCAACUGAAAGUGGAAGGGAAGAUGAGCUUCAGGCCGUUGGGAUCAGUGGCUCCAACACAAACCCUAGAAAUCGGAAAUGGGCUGUCGCUACUACCGCGUGUGAAGCUGCUCCUCACCAUUUACCGCUCGGAUCCAUCCGUAAAACCCAUAGACGAGUGGCAGCUCAAACGUGCUCUGAUCGAUUUCCUUCAUGAUUCCCUCUCCGUCUCCGUUUCAGUUCCGGAAGAGGAUCUCGACAUCCGCAGGUUCAAGGAUCUUAAGAAGCGCAAGCGCGAAGAUCCCGUCGCCUCCGGCACUCUUUACAUCCGGGAUUUAGGGUUUCUCGGUCGUAAACCCAAUGCUAAUAAUACCGAUAGAAAAAAGGAGAACCUUAAUGAUGAUGAUGAUAAGGAUGCCAGGAUGUUGGAGGAGAGAAAGUUUUCCGAGUGGAAAAAGUCCCUUGUUGAUAGGAUGGACGGGAUGGAGUUGAAUAUCGAAGGAGUGAAAUUCAGGAUGAGUGUCGUUGUUCCUCCAUCUGAUGAUUUUGAUGGACUUAGGAAAGCUUGGAAAGAUUUUUACGCCUUCCAAAAUCGAGGACAUCACAUUUCAAGGGGUGAAAAAAAACAACCCGAUACCCUAGUUGUGAGAGGUGUUCCUUCCAGAUGGUUUGCAGAACCGCGAGUUUCUUCCAAGCCUUCCAUGCUAGUCACCCAUACCAUUUUUUCCGUAUUUGGAAAAAUAAGGAAUCUAAAUGUUGCUGAGGACGAUGAUUUAGGUAAGAACACAGACGAGAGUGGUGACAUUGUGUCUGGUCUCCAGUGCAAGAUUGUGGUUCAAUUUGAGAGAUAUGAACAUUUCUAUGAUGCACUUAAGGUGUUGUGUGGCCGUUCAUUGCAAAAGCAAGGAUCACGCCUUAGAGCAGACUAUGAAGCAACUUGGCAGAGGGAAGACUUUUUCCCGAACACACGGCACAAAGCAACAAGAAGUGAAGCACUAGAAAGGAAUGGCCAAAGUCAGGCGACAACUGCAGGGUCCUUUUUACCAAGAUAUCAGCCACGCAAUGCACAUCUUGGUCCUGAGAAUGCACACCCAAGGAGGUUUAAGGAUUAGAGUGAUGGAUUGGAGGCAGUGACAUGCUUAAGCUUUUGGACAGAGGAGAUCAUGGUUCCUGGAGUCUUCAAAGCUCAUUUGAAUAGAAAGGUUAGGAUCAACAUUGGAUAAUGCACAAGUUCUCUCACCUGUUAAACUUGAAGCAAUGAAGACAGUACUGUGCUUCGAAAAUGCCCUGUACAUACUGACAGUCCUGCAUAUGCCAUUGUUAUAUGGUGUUAGGCCAAUUGGAUUGACCUUGUGUCUUGGAUGGGGUGUAACCUUAUAGUUGUUUAGGUUUCACCUUCCUCACCUCUUCAUUUUAAUUAAGUUCAUUAAGAAAUCUCGUCAAAAGCCUUGCAAUUGGGUUUUGGUUGUACGUGCAUUGAUGCAUAAAGAAUUUUUGUUGGGAUAUCAAUUGUUAUUAGAUUUUGCA